CGAGAUAUGAACGUAUGUUUAAGUAAUAUAGCAAAUAUUCAUUAAUUUCCCUAUUGAAAGAAAUAAAGAAAAUACAUUUAUUUACGUCACACCAAAUAAUUUUGUUAAUUCUCAAUGCAAAAUAAAUAUGAAUGGCAGUCAUAUCAGCGUAUUCAUGAUGAGCGUAGCACUAACAUACAGCGCCCCUCAAAGAAAAUGCAUCUCUCGAAGACCGGGUUCAUACACUGAUGACACCGGUAGAAUAGUUAUAAAAAAUAAUAAAAAUACAAAUAAUAUAGGAAAUAACCGGAAUAUCAAUAAUCAAGGGUAUAACAAAAAUCGUGGGAAUAACAAUAACAAUGGAAAUAACAAUUACCUGACUCUUAAUAGGCUAUCAUUGCAAAGUUCAACUAUCCGUCCAAGAAAAAGGUGUUGCCCUUAUAAUUUUGACAGCGAAAAGUGUAUUUUCGUAAAUGACAGGAAGGUGUGUGGGUACGAUUUGAACAGCGGAGGUCCAGAAGCGAACCCUAACGAGUUGACUUUAGAUGUGGGCAACGGUUGUUUAUUUCGCCGUGGACGACUCGAGUGUGGGUACAUGGAGGCACCCUUUGAAGGUAUCCGUAGACCCCCCGUAUACGACAGGACAGAAGCUCCUGAUCAAGAAAGUGACAAUGAGAGAGAUAAUACUGGCCAAACAAACGAUGAUCGAGAUAAUGAUGUUAAGGAGAAACUUGUAUAUUCGCGCCCUGCGAAACCAACAACUAAAACAACUCUGCCAAGCUGUGUCCAGAUACGGAAAAAGAUAGUGUGUAGUAUGAUUAGUACGAAUAAAUUGUAG